AUGCGCACACCCUCCCUCCACCUUCUUCCUACAUCGACCACUCGCGCAGCCCUCAUCGCACCUUCACAUCGCGCGCGUGCUUCAAUUGCUCACACCGACCUUCGACGUGCCUACGUCGUACCGAACGCCACCUCUUUCCGCGCCACUCAACCUCAGCGCACAGUAGCAUCACCUCGACUCGAACACCUCGGAGACGCUUCCUAUGCAGAACGCAUAGGACUGUACACAAUGGCAUCACAGGGAACAGGAUACGAUCUCUCGGCGAGUACCUACUCGCCCGACGGCCGAAUCUUCCAGAUCGAGUACGCGGCCAAGGCGACAGAGAACGCAGGCACGGCGAUCGCUAUCAAGACCAAGACCGGCGUGGUCGUAGCAGUGGAGAAGCUCGUGCAGUCCAAGCUGCUUGUACCUGGCUCCAACCGACGCAUCUACAACGUUGCACCCCACAUCGGCAUUGUCUCUGCGGGUCUGAUUGCUGACGGCAAGCACCUCGCGUCGCGCGCACGCUCGGAGGCGGUGUCGCAUCUGGACAACUACCGCUUCGCGGCGCCCGUCAAGACGCUCGCGGACCGCGUGGCGUACUACGUGCAGGCGUACACGCUCUACUCGUCUGUGCGUCCUUUUGGCGUAUCGGCGAUCAUUGCCGGCAUCGACAACAUCAAGGGCCCGCAGAUCUACAUGAUUGAGCCGUCGGGCGUCUUUUGGGGCUACAACGGCUGCGCAGUGGGCAAGGGCAGGCAGCUCGCCAAGACCGAGAUCGAGAAGCUCGACCUGGACACGCUGUCUAUGCAGGACGCCGUGGAGGCCGCGGCCAAGAUCAUCUACAAGGUGCACGACGAUGCCAAGGACAAGGAGUUUGAGCUCGAGCUCAGCUGGAUUGGGCCAGAGAGCAAUGGUGUGCACACGGCCGUGCCCGAGGACUUGAGAGCAGAGGCAAUCAGCAAGGCCAAGGAGGCGCUCGAUGACGAGAUGGAGGACUGA